AUGAAGGGCACCGAGCUCUCUCAACGACAGAUCGAGUCGACCAGGACCGAAUUGGUCACCAUUUCGAAAGAACUUGCUUCAUAUUCAGUCCCCUUCCCGUCGCCAAGAUACAUUGCUCAUAUGUCGAUGGAGUGUUCGAUGCCUUCCGUCAUGGCAUGCACCUUCACGAUCGAGCUCUGCAGCGGCGAGUCCGAGCUAUUCGCCGAAUACACUAUCUGGGAGCUCCGCAACCUGAAGCCGUCAACAGUGCUAAGUAUUCCAACUCAACUGUACGAGUUCGGAGUACUCCAGACAGCACCAACCAAUGCCUCCACGGACUUCUCAUCGACAACCGACGUCUCAGCUUUGUCGCUCACUGCAAUGCUGCCUGGGGAGGCUACUUCGCCUCCUGCGUUCUGCAUCCACUCACUGAUAUUGAACUGGACAUGA